AUGAAACCAUCUGUGUGGAUCAGCUUCGCUGUGUCUCUGAUCAGCCUGCGCCCAGUCGCUGCUCGGGAUGAUUUCCCCGGGAAUUAUCCUUCAAGCCCCCCACCGCUUGGCCCUACUGACUGGGAACGCACUCCGGUCUCGGUGUUCUCCAAAGUGCUUAACACGCAGCCGGAUCCCGACUAUAAUCUCCUGAAGGAGUUGGUCACCUAUGACUGCACCUACGUCUCGCUGACGUUCGACAAUCCCACUCUCCAUGGGAUCAUGCCCUGGUCGGGAACCCACUCCAACGUGGGUCCGCAGGCCUUCAUCGACAUCUUCACCCGAGUGGGCCUGUAUUGGGAUCGAGGCCCAUUUUCCAUUGAGUAUAUCUUUGGCGAUGGCGGAAAUGUGACCGCCUGGGGUUCUUUCACGGCGACCUCACGCACUUUGGGGAAGACAGUUAUUUCGCCCUGGGCUGCACGGGCGGAGGUGAAUUCGGACAACAAAAUCUUCAAUUUCCAAUGGAUGGAGGAUACCUUUACCACCGCUUCAUCCUUUGGGUCGGACAAUAGCACCAAGGUGUUUUAUUCCAAUCCAGAGGGCGGUAUCGCCAAGGCCUAA